AUGGAGGAAGCAAACCAAACAGGGAUGAUUCUCUUCCAUUUCCGCCCCUUCUCCAAACUCCCCGAGGUGCAGAUGCUGAUUUUUGUGACCUUCCUGCUCAUGUACCUGGUCAGCAUGAGCGGUAACUUCUCCAUCACUCUCAUCAUCUGGAUCAACCGCUCUCUCCACACCCCCAUGUACUUUUUUCUGGGCAACCUGGCAGCGCUGGAGAUCUGCUACUCUUCCACCAUUGCCCCUCUGACGCUGGCCAGCGUGUGGUCCACAGAACGAACCCUCAUCUCGCUGGCUGGCUGUGGCACCCAGAUGUUCUUCUUCAUCUUCCUGGGCAGCACUGACUGCAUCCUGCUGGCUGUCAUGGCCUAUGACAGGUUUGUGGCCAUCUGCCACCCUUUGCGUUACACUCUCAUGAUGAACUGGCGACUGUGUGUCCAAAUGUCCCUGGGAUCUCUGUUGCUUGGGUUCAUCUUGGCCAUGCAGCUGACCGUGCUAAUCUUCCAACUCCCCUUCUGCAGUAGCAAAGAAAUCAGUCUGUUCUACUGUGAUGUCCUCCCUGUCAUGAGAAUGGCCUGUGCAGACACCCGAGUCCAUGAAGCCACUCUGUUUGUGGUCAGUAUCACUGUCCUCACCAUCCCCUUCCUGCUCAUCACUCUCUCCUACGUCUUCAUUGUGGCUGCCAUCCUGAAGAUCAACUCAGCAGAGGGGAGACACAAGGCCUUCUCCACCUGCUCCUCCCACCUGACUGUGGUUCUCCUGCAGUAUGGAUGUGGAAGCCUCAUUUACCUCUGCCCCAGCUCCAGCUACUCUCCUGAGAGGGGCCAGGUAGUGUCUGUGGUUUACACCUUCAUCACUCCUGUGCUAAACCCCUUGAUCUACAGCAUGAGGAACAGAGAACUUAAGGAUGCCUUGAAGAAAGAAAUAAUGAGGGUUUUUUGGUCCUAG